AUGUACUCCGUUUCGGCCCUUACAUUGGAAGAAGCCCAAGCGGAUCCGGAAAAGUAUAUUCGAUAUGACACAGAGCCUUACAGUCAAAUGAAGCACAUGCUUUUGAGCUCCGCCAUAACGUAUGGAAUUUUGCUUUUGAGUCUUUUCGGCACACAUCUGAUUGUGUGCAUGACACAACCCGGCGGUGGACGGAACCCACGUCGCUCAAAGUGA